CGUUAGUGUCUCGUGACUCUGACGUCACCAGGAGACCUUCCGCCUUCAUUUGUCGACCCGGCAGCUUGUUGUGAUCACGUGACAGCCGGGACGGGCGCAGGACGGCGACGGUAAGAAGAAGAAGAAGAAGACACUUCUCGACUGUGCACGCCUGACAGAAAGGAACCAUGGCUGUUCUGAAGCUGGAGGAGUACCGACACAAGAUCCGCACAGAGCUGAACAAUGUGAUGGAAUUCUGGCUUAAGCACUCCCAUGACCCCGUUUACGGCGGCUUCUUUAAUUGUAUCGGAAAGAACGGAAAGGUGUACGAUGAACUGAAGUAUGUCUGGCUGCAAGGUAGACAGGUGUGGAUGUACUGUCGCCUAUACAGAACACUGGAGCGUUUCCACAGGCCUGAAAUCCUGGAAGCAGCCAAAGCAGGAGGGACGUUCCUCAGGAAGUUCGCUCGUGUUUCUAGCGGCAGUGGUCAGUGGAAGUGUGCUUUCUGCCUGACACGAGACGGUCAAGCAGUGAAAGUACAAAGGACCAUAUUCAGCGAGUGUUUCUACGUCAUGGCCUUAGACGAACUCAGCCGAGUCACCAGAGACGAGGACAUGCGGAAAGAAGCUGAACAGAUGAUGGCGCAGCUCAUCUUCUGGGUUCGGGUUGACCCAAAAGGUCUGGGUCGACCCGAGCUGGCCGGAGACACGCCCACCAGCAGUAUGGCUGUUCCCAUGAUGCUGCUGUGUUUAGUGCAGCAGCUCACAGACAGCCGGGAGCAGGAGGUUGUGCUUAAGUACAAGGAGCUGGGCAGCUGGUGUGUGACGCAGAUACUCCGACAUAUUCAGAGGGGGGGCACAGCUAUCUUAGAAAACGUAUCGCUGGAGGGAACAGAGUUACCGGGCUGUCAAGGCCGGCUGCAGAAUCCAGGCCACGCCCUGGAAGCAGGCUGGUUCCUGCUGGAACACGCCAAGCAAUGGGGAGACCAGCAGCUGCAGGCCACAGCCAUCCACAAGUUCCUGGAGUUACCCUUUCAACACGGCUGGGACCAAGAACAUGGCGGCCUCCUCUAUUUCCUGGAUGUGGAUGGCCACUGCCCCACACAGUUGGAGUGGAACAUGAAGCUGUGGUGGCCUCACUGCGAGGCUCUCAUCGCCUUCCUCAUGGCCUACAGCCGCACCAAAACGCCACACCUGCUGGAGACCUUCUCUCAAGUGUUUGACUACACCUUUAGCCAUUUUUGUGAUGGCCACAAUGGUGAAUGGUUUGGCUACUUGUCGCAAGAUGGCAAAGUCGUACUAGAUUUUAAAGGAGGCCCCUUUAAGGGACCCUUCCAUGUUCCUCGCUGCCUGUAUUUGUGUGAACGUCUUCUGGAUGAUCUGCUGAAGAACACAACUUGACCUUUCCUCAACGAUAUGCUUUUCUUUGUCUUUUUUACUAUCAGAGGGAACAACAAACCCAGAAUUUUUUUUUAGACAUCUUCAAAUAUGUAAUUGUAUGAAAUAAACCCCUCCCCCCAUGACUCAUUUAAAGAA